AUGGACAUUGUCAAGGCUGCAAUCAAGGCGUCACAACAUCAGCUCACGACCUUGAUAGGGGAGGAUACAGACCUGCUCAUUCUUCUCCUCUACUAUGCUGAAGCAAACAAUAGGGGCCUCUAUUUUCGUUCGGACAAGUCCACAGUUCCUAAGGUUUACAACAUCAGUGAGAUGAAACAAGUCCUGGGUAGUGACAUGUGUUCUCAGUUGCUGUUUAUCCACGCUUUCACAGGAUGUGACACAACUUCCCGCAUUUUCAGUGUUGGCAAAAAGUCAGCGUUCCAGAAACUUGUGAAUGGUGAAUGGACCAUUCAGACCUGUGCGAAUGCGUUUCUGCUCCCAAAUCAAGCAAACAGUGUCAUAGAGGACCUUGGGAGCAAGGCGAUGGCAGUUCUGUUUGGUGGCAAGAGUACCGAUUCACUUGCCUCUUUGCGCUACAACCUUUUGAUCAAGAAAAUUGUCUCCGCAAAGUCAUUUGUUACCCCAGAACGUCUCCCUCCUACCAAGCCCUCGACUAAAUAUCAUAGCUUUAGAGUGUUUUACCAGAUCAUGGUGUGGACUGGAAAGGAGAGUGACAUGAAUGCAGUGGAUUGGGGAUGGAAACUGGAGGACAAUCAGUUUGUGCCAGUUAUGACCAAGAAAACUGCUGUGCCAGAAAGCCUCCUGCAGAUGGUCCACUUUCUACUACAACUGUGCCCUAUAACAACCGUGCCCAUUACAACUGUCCUCAACUACAACUCUACUCCUACUGCAACUGGCCCCAUUACAACUGUGUUCUACGACAACUGUGCCCCAUUACAACGUGUGCCCAUUAAAACUGUGCCCUGCUACAACUGUGCUCCUAUUACAACAGUGCCCUACUACAACUGUGCCUCUACUAACUGUGCCCCAAUACAACUGUGUCUUACUACAACCGUGCCCUACUACAACUGUGCCCUUACAACAACUGUGCCCUAUUACAACUGUGCCCUACUACAACUGUGCCCCAUUACAACUGUGCCCUACUACAACCGUGCCCUACUACAACUCACGAAGCAACCGAGCACGACACAACCAACACGAAACAACGACACGACACACCAGCACGAAACAACCGAGCACGACACAACCCAUCACGAAACAAGCAUCACGACACAACCCAGCACGAAACAACCCAGCACGAAACAACCCAGCACGAAACAAGCCAACACAGAAACAAACCAGCACGAAACAACCAGCACGAAACAAGCCAACACGAAACAACCCAACACGAAACAAGCCAUCACGAACAAACCAGCACAGAAACAACCCACCAGAAACAACCCAGCACGAAACAACCCAGCACGAAACAACCCUGCAGAAACAAGCCAUCACGAAACAACCCACACGAAACAACCCAGCACGAAACAACCCAGCACGAAACAACCCAGCACGAAACAACCCAACACGAAACAACCCAGCACGAAACAACCCAACGAAACAACCAUCACGAAACCCAACACGAAACAACCCAGCACGAAACAACCCAACACGAAACAACCCAGCACGAAACAACCCAACACGAAACAACCCAACACGAAACAACCCAGCACGAAACAACCCAACACGAAACAACCCAGCACAGAAACAACCCAGCACGAACAACCCAACACGAAACAACCAGCCAAAACGAAACAACCCAACACGAAACAACCCAGCACGAAACAACCCCACGACACAACCCAGCACAAACAACCCAACACGAAACAACCCAGCACGAAACAACCCAACACGAAACAACCAAACACGAAACAACCCAACACGAAACAACCCAGCACGAAACAACCCACCACGAAACAACCCAGCACGAAACAACCCAGCACGAAACAACCAACACGAAACAACCCAGCACGAAACAACCCAGCACGAAACAACCCAACACAAAACAACCCAGCACGAAACAACCCAACACGAAACAACCCAGCACGAAACAACCCAACACGAAACAACCCAACACGAAACAACCAAAACAACCGAGCACGAAACAACCCAACACGAAACAAGCCAACACGACACAACCCAACAGAAACAACCCAGAAACAACCCAACACGACACCCAGCACGAAACAACCCAACACGAAACAACCCAGCACGAAACAACCCAACACGAAACAACCCAGCACGACACAACCCAGCACGACACAACCCAGCACGACACAACCCAGCACGGCACAACCCAACACGAAACAACCCAACACGACACAACCCACACGAAACAACCCAGCACGAAACAACCCAACACGAAACAACCCAACACGAAACAACCCAACGACACAACCCAACACGACACAACCGACACAACCCAGCACGACACAACCCAACACGAAACAACCUGCGAAACAACCCAACACGACACAACCCAACACGACACAACCCAACACGACACAACCCAACACGACACAAACCAGCACGACACAACCCAACACGACACAAACCAGCACGACACAACCCAACACGAAACAACCCAGCACGAAACAACCCAACACGAAACAACCCAACACAAAACAACCCAGCACGAAACAACCCAACACGAAACAACCCAGCACGAAACAACCCAGCACGAAACAACCCAACACAAAACAACCCAGCACGAAACAACCCAACACGAAACAACCCAGCACAAACAACCCAACAGAAACAACCCACACGAAACAACCCUGCACGAAACAACCCAGCACGAAACAACCCAGCACGAAACAACCCAGCACGAAACAACCCAACACGAAACAACAUCUAUCUGAUGUACUUACGGGUUCAUUCCAACACGUGUUUCCAUACCAACACGGGCCUAUACCAACACGGGCUUACACCAACACGUGGCUCACACCAACACGGGUCUACACCAACACGGGCUUACACCAACACGGUUUGCUACACCAACACGGGUCUACACCAACACGGGUCUACACCAACACGGGGUCUACACCAACACGGGCCUACACCAACACGGGUCUGCGCCCAACACGGGUCUACACCAACACGGGUCUACACCCAACACGGGCCUACACCAACACGGGCCUACACCACACGGGUCUACACCAACACGGGUCACACCAACACGGCUCCCACCAACACGGGUCUACACCAAACACGGGUCACACCAACACGGGUCUACACCAACACGGGUCUACUCCCAACACGGGUCUAUACCAACACGGGCUAAACCAACACGGGUCUACACCAACACGGGCCUACACCACGGGUCUACACCAACACGGGUCUACACCAACACGGGCCUACACCAACACGGGUCUACACCACGGGUCUACAUCAACACGGGCCUACACCAACACGGUCUACACCAACACGGGUCUACAUCAACACGGGCCUACACCAACACGGGUUCACACCAACAAGGGUCUACACCGGGCUACACCAACACGGUCUACACCAACACGGGUUCACAUCAACACGGGUCUACACCCAACACGGGCCUACACCAACACGGGUUUACACCAACAAGGGUCUACACCAACACGGGUCUACACCAACACGGGUCUACACCAACACGGGUCUAACUCCAACACGGGCUACACCUCAACACGGGUCUACACCAACACGGGUCUACACCAACACGGGUCUACAUCAACACGGGCCUACACCAACACGGGUCUACACCAACAAGGGUCUACACCAACACGGGUCUACACCAACACGGGUCUACAUCCAACACGGGUCUACACUCAACACGGGUCUACACCAACACGGGCCCACAUCAACACGGGUCUACACCAACACGGGUCUACUACCAACACGGGUCUACAUCAACACGGGCUCAUACCAACACGGGUCUACACCAACACGGGUCUACACCAACACGGGUCUACACCUAACACGGGCCCACACCAACACGGGUCUACAUCACGGGUCGGGUUGGGUUGGGUUGGGUGCCAACACGGGUCUACAUCUACACGGGUCUACACCAACACGGGCUAUACGAACACGGGCUUACACCAACACGGGUCUACACCAACACGGGUCUACAUCACACGGGCCUACCCAACACGGGUCUACACCAACACGGGUCAAAACCAACACGGGUCUACCCCAACACGGGUCCAUACCCAACACGGGUCUAUCACCACGGGUCUGCACCCAACACGGGUCUACUCCAACACGGGUCUACACCAUCAGGAGUCUACUCCAACACUGGUCUACGCAAACACGGGUCUACACCAACACGGGCUCCACACCAACACGGGGUCUUACUCCAACACGGGUCUACACCAACACGGGUCUACACCCAACACGGCCCAUCCAACACGGGUCUACUCCAACACGGGUCUACACCAACACGGGUCUACACCAACACGGGUCUACACCAACACGGGUCUUACCCAAAUCAGCGGGGUCUACACCAACACGGGUCUACUCCAACACGGGUCUACACCAACACGGGUCUGCACCAACACGGGUCUACACCAACACGGGUCUACACCAACACGGGUCUACACCAACAUGGCAUCAACACGGGUCUACUCCAACACGGGCUAUACCAACACGGGCUACACAAUACGGGCUACUCCAACAGGUCUACACCAACACGGGUCUACACCAACACGGGUCUAUCCAACACGGGUCUACACCAACACGGGUCUACACCAACACGGGUCUACACCCAACACGGGUCUACUCCAACACGGGUCUACACCAACACGGGUCUACACCAUCACGGGUCUACACCAACACGGGUCUACACCAUCACGGGUAUACACCAACACGGUGGAGAAUAUAUGGACUAGAGUCUUUUAUGAAUGGGGUCUAUUAGACUGGGGUCAAUUAGAACUAAAUUCAAGGCCCGUUGGAGCAGCCACCUCACAAGAGCAACAUACAAUAGAGGCUAUCAAAGACUUUCACCAGACUCUUAAGUGA